GCCAGGACUGGGAGGGGAGAGGGAGGAGACAGGAGGAGGAGACGCGAGUGCGGGGUGGCGCCGGUCCACCUCCGCAGCUCGCCUGGCUCCCGCGGGCUUUCGAAGGCGGGCCCGGGCUGCGGCAGCGGCGGCCUUGGUGUCCUGGGGAGGUGAAGCCGGGCUGCGGCGGCCUCGGUCGGCGCGGCGUGGGGAGCUUCAUCUGUUUCAAUGGUGCAACUCUCUCCAUCCCCUUUUGGUUACCAGUCACCUUCAGGCCAUUCAGAGGAGGGAAGAGAGGGGAAUAUGAAGUCAGCCAAGCCCCAAGUGAACCACAAUCAGCACGGGGAAAGCCAACGGGCCCUCAGCCCCCUGCAGUCUACUCUCAGUUCUGCUUCAUCUCCUUCCCAGGCCUAUGAGACCUAUAUUGAUAAUGGACUCAUAUGCCUUAAACACAAAAUUAGAAACAUCGAGAAAAAGAAGCUCAAACUGGAAGAUUAUAAAGAUCGUCUGAAAAAUGGAGAGCAACUUAAUCCAGACCAGUUGGAAGCAGUAGAGAAAUAUGAAGAAGUGCUACAUAAUUUGGAAUUUGCCAAGGAGCUUCAGAAAACCUUUUCUGGACUAAGUCAAGAUCUACUGAAAGCUCAGAAAAAGGCCCAAAGAAGGGAGCACAUGCUAAAACUUGAGGCUGAGAAGAAAAAGCUUCGAACUAUACUUCAAGUUCAGUAUGUAUUGCAGAAUCUGACACAGGAUCAUGUACAAAAAGACUUCAUAGGGGGCUUGAAUGGUGCAGUGUAUUUGCCUUCAAAAGAACUUGACUACCUCAUUAAAUUUUCAAAACUGACCUGCCCUGAAAGAAACGAAAGUCUGAGUGUUGAAGACCAGAUGGAACAGUCAUCCUUGUACUUUUGGGACCUUUUGGAAGGUAGUGAGAAAGCAGUGGUAGGAACAACAUACAAACACAUGAAAGAUCUACUGUCUAAAUUGCUGAACUCAGGUUAUUUUGAAAGCAUCCCUGUUCCCAAAAAUGCUAAGGAAAAAGAAGUAUCCUUGGAGGAAGAAAUCCUAAUACAAUCAGAAAAGAAAAAUCAAUUAUUGAAGACUGAAUCUAUCAGAGAGUCAGAGUCUCUCAUGGAACUUGCACAGCCAGAGAUACAACCACAGGAGUUUCUUAACAGACGCUAUAUGACUGAAGUGGAUUAUUCAGGCAAACAAGAUGAAGAGCAAUCUUGGGAAGCAGAUUAUGCUAGGAAACCAAAUCUCCCCAAAUGUUGGGAUAUGCUUACUGAACCAGAUGGUCAAGAGAAGAAACAGAAAUCCUUCAAGUCCUGGGAGUCUCCUAUUAAGCCACAGGAGACACCAAAGCCUGCAGUUUCCUUAGAUCAGAGGAAACAAGAGAUUCCAAAACUCAGGUCAACUUUGCAGGAAGAGCAGAAGCAGCUGGAGAUCUCUAAAUCCAAACCAUCUCCCAGCCAGUGGAAGCAAGAAACUCCUAAGUCUAAAGCAGGAUAUAUUCAAGAGGAGCAGAAGAAGCAGGAGACACCAAAGCCUUGGCCAGUUCAGCUGCAUAAAGAACAGGAUCCAAAGAAGCAAACUCCAAAGUCCUGGACACCUUCUGUGCAGAGUGACCAGAAUGUCAGCAAGUCAUGGUCCACUCCCAUGUGUGAAGAGCAGGAUGCAAAACAGCCAGGGACUCCAAAAUCUUGGGAAAGCAAUGUUGAGAGUCAAAAACACUCUUUAACACCACAAUCUCAGAUUUCUCCAAAGAACUGGGGAGUAGCCACAGCAGGCCUCAUACCAAAUGACCAGCUCCUGCCCAGGAAGUUUAAUACAGAAUCCAAAGAUGUGCCUAAGCCCAUGCCUCAGCCUGUAGGUUCUUCCUCUGCUCUUCCAAAGGAUCCAGUAUUGAGGAAAGAAAAACUGCAGGAUCUGAUGACCCAGAUUCAAGGAACUUGUAACUUUAUGCAAGAGUCUGUUCUGGAUUUUGACAAACCUUCAAGUGCAAUUCCAUCAUCACAGCCGCCUUCAGCUUCUCCAGGUAGCCCUGUAGUAUCUACAGAACAAACUCUUUCCAGUCAAAGUGAUUUUCUUCAAGAGCCAUUACAGGCUACUGCUUCUCCAGUUACUUGUAGCUCAAAUGCUUGCUUGGUUACUGCUGAUCAGGCUUCAACGGGAUCUGAAACAGAAUUUGUGACUACAGAGACUCCUGAGGCAGCAGUUCCCCCAAGCAAGCCACCGUCUUCACUAGCUGCUCCAAAUCCUUCCAUGGCAAAGGGUUCUGAACAGGGUUUCCAGUCACCUCCAGCAAGUACUAGUUCAAUAACCAUUAACACAGCACCCUUUCAAGCCAUGCAGACAGUAUUUAAUGUUAAUGCACCUCUGCCUCCACGGAAAGAACAGGAAAUUAAAGAAUCCCCUUAUACACCUGGCUACAAUCAAAGUUUUACUACAGCAAGUACACAAACGCCACCCCAGUGCCAACUGCCAGCUAUACAUGUAGAACCAACUGGCAUGUCUCAAGAAACUGCUUCAAAUUAUCAUCCUGAUGGAACUGUUCAAGUAAGCAAUGGUAGCCUUGCCUUUUACCCAGCACAGACGAAUGUAUUUCCCAGACCUGCUCAGCCAUUUGUCAACAGCCGGGGAUCUGUGAGAGGAUGUACUCGUGGUGGGAGAUUACUGACCAAUUCAUAUAGGUCCCCUGGUAGUUAUAAAGGUUUUGAUACUUACAGAGGACCACCUUCAAUUUCCAAUGGAAAUUAUAGCCAGCUGCAGUUCCAAGCUAGAGAAUAUCCUGGAACUCCUUACUCCCAAAGGGAUAAUUUCCAACAGUGUUAUAAGCGAGGAGGGACAACAUCUGGUGGUCCUCGGGCAAAUUCAAGAGGGUGGAGUGAUUCUUCUCAGGUGAGCAGCCCAGAAAGAGACAACGAAACCUUUAACAGUGGUGACUCUGGACAAGGAGACUCCCGUAGCAUGACCCCUGUGGAUGUGCCAGUGACAAACCCAGCAGCCACCAUACUGCCAGUACACGUCUAUCCCCUGCCUCAGCAGAUGAGAGUUGCCUUCUCAGCAGCCAGAACCUCUAACCUGGCCCCUGGAACUUUAGACCAACCUAUUGUGUUUGAUCUUCUUCUGAAUAACUUGGGGGAGACUUUUGAUCUUCAGCUUGGUAGAUUCAAUUGCCCAGUGAAUGGCACUUAUGUUUUCAUUUUCCAUAUGCUAAAGCUGGCAGUUAAUGUGCCACUGUAUGUCAACCUCAUGAAGAAUGAAGAGGUGUUGGUAUCAGCCUAUGCCAAUGAUGGUGCUCCAGACCAUGAAACUGCUAGCAAUCACGCAAUUCUUCAGCUCUUCCAGGGAGACCAGAUAUGGUUACGUUUGCACAGGGGAGCAAUUUAUGGAAGUAGUUGGAAAUAUUCUACAUUUUCAGGCUAUCUUCUUUAUCAAGAUUGAAAGUCAGUUCAGAAUUGACAAUAAAAGGAUGGUGUUCGAAUUAGUGGGGUUGGAGAAAAUGUAGUCCUUGCCAUGGCUACUGAUUGGUUUAAGAAAAUGUUUUCAUUCCUAGAGGAAGGUGGAGGUCCUUACUUUUUUGUUUUCCUCUCUAGGUGAAAAAUUUCAAGCUGAAUGACAAUUAGCACUAAUCUGGCACUUUAUAAAUUGUGAUGUAGCCUCGCUAGUCAAGCUGUGAAUGUAUAUUGUUUGCACUUAAUCCUUAACUGUAUUAACGUUGAGCUUACUAAACUGACUGCCUCAAGUUCAGGCAAGUUACAAUGCCUUGUUGUGCCUCAAUA